GCGUGAGUCGUGACAGUUUAUCCCAAGUGUCAAAAAUAAUAAUUAUGUAAACUCCCCCAAAUGCGACGUAAAACCUCUCCUGACAAUAUUUAAUCGUGUCAAAGUUCACCACCGACCAAAGUAACAUGUUUUUAUUUACAUUCCAUUAGUGUUACCCCGCCAUGGCCCACAAUUCCCAAAAUACUCAUCCCCGUCUCUUAAUGACCCACACGAGCUCAAUUCCGAGUUUUCAGCGUCGAACAGCGGACAGUGCCCGCCAAUUACGCGACAAUUUUAAUAACGUAAUCCGCGAAAUUCAGCCGUUGGUCGAAACAGCUCGAACUGUGAACGCAGGUGUCCAAAAUGCCAUCUCAAUGACGAACUUUCUGCACAGGCCGCCAGAACAGCCCAACACGACUCAAGAUAACAGUUUUGUGAUCGACCUCGACGUGCAGCAGGAAGCCCCCAAUGAGCAGAACCCGGACAUGGGGCGGAGCACCGACGAGUUGAAUAGUGUCGAGAGGGCGCAGACUGUGGUGGAAAUGCAGCAGUUUUUCCAAGUGGUGCUCAAAUACGUGCCCUUUGUGCUGAUUUUGUUGGCGAAAGCGGUGUACGACUACCACGAUUCAAUCUUCAUUUUGGUGAUUUUGUUCACGACUUUUGCUCACGCCAACUCGGCGGUGAAGAAGGAGACCACCAAGAGGGAUAGGAGGAGUUUGACGACUUUAGCCAUCGAAUUGUUGUACAUUUUCGUGUGCUCUGUCUUCGUUUUGUAUAUUUUUGAAGACGAACUCGAUAACUUUGAUGUUGUCUUCCAUUUGUUUUUGAUUAGGACCUUCACUGAGCCACUCACUGUGGGGAAGCUGCUGUGGAUUGUCACCAUCACUGACUUUGCCCUCAAAUUAGCCACAGUUGCAUUUAAAAUACUGUUGACUAUGCUUCCAGAAAAAAUCGUCCCGUUUCAAAAAAGAGGCAAAGUUUAUUUAUUUAUUGAGGCAAUUUCACAAAUGUAUAGAAGUAUCGCAACAAUUCAGCCUUGGCUGCACUACCUCCUAGAGUCCUAUCAAGGCCCUGAAAAAGUCGUUGCUGUUUUUCUUUCAGCGUUUUAUAUGAUUUCAAAGGGGACUGAUUUAAUGUCCCGGAUGAAACUACUCAAAACAUCAUUUUUUAAACUCCUUCAGAACGUCACUGUGGGCUCAUCACCCAACAAGGAGCAAAUCCAGGCGGCGGGCGACCAUUGCCCCAUCUGCCACGACAACUACGACUCCCCAGUCCUCCUCCAAUGCAGACACAUCUUUUGCGAAAAUUGCGUAACCACGUGGUUUGAUCGCGAACAAACUUGUCCCUUGUGCCGAGCCAAAAUCGUAGACGAUCCCUCAUGGCGAGAUGGCUCAACCUCAUAUUUUAUACAAUUAUAUUGAAUCAAAUACAUAUAUUUUAAACUGUA